GUUAUUCUCUCGAUUACCGCUUCACGAGUUCUCUCGCGAUGCCUGUGAGUGAUAUGUGAGGUGUGUUCUUCUCUCCAUCGACACCGGUCGUCCUGCUGGAAAGAGAGGGAGUGGACAACGAACAUCGCGAACAAGAUGUUGCACGGGACGUGGCUGCAGUGGUCGAUGUUGCUGCUGUUGCUGCUAGGGACGCGGCUGCUGUUCGUGGUCGCUCAAUGCGGAUCGUUCACUCAGGACAGACAGGAAAAGGAAGACAAACAGGAUAAGCUGGCGCUGUACAAAGUCACUUUAAGGACUUACUGGUCGAGGGCGCGAUUUCCGCGACAUUAUCCCGAAUGGAAGCCACCAGCUCAGUUCGGCAAGCUGAUCGGUCGAACACACGAUUCCACCUACACGCUGUACAGAUUAGGCGAAAGGCUGUCCAGCGGUGUGAGGCUGUACGUGGAGACCGGAAGAACAGACGGUUUAGACACGGAUGGAGACUCGCCAAACAGUCUACAUUCGUUCACAGGGCCACCUGUACCCCAGGGAGAGGGAACGAGCAUCGCUAGGGCGUUCUUGGAUGGGAAUCACACUCUGAUCAGCAUCAUGGCGCGCAUCAACCCCAGCCCUGACUGGUUCAUGGGUGUCGACUCCUUCCAGCUGUGCGUGGAGGGCAAUUGGGUCGAUACGGUCACCGUCGAGCUGGAUCCGUUGGACGGCGGAACGGAUAACGGGUUCACAUUCACCGCUGCCAACUGGCCCACGCAACCACAAGGAAUCGCAUACAGGAUCACGUCACGAUAUCCGGCACAUCCCGCGGGAAGCUUUUAUUAUCCGAAUCUGUCUAGGCUGCCGCCUAUAGCCACUCUCACGUUUACCAAGCUACGAGAGUACACGCUGACCGAAACGUAUCACGAAGACGACGUCGAGGUGGAGUUCGUCAGCAACGACAAUCUACUAGCGAACAGUCCGACCCCCAGGGGGACCGAUCCGAACAGAGAACUGAACGAGGCCAUCGCUGAGGAGAGGAAGGAAAUGGACACUCAGAGAUACAGGUACUGGACGACGACCGGAAGCGGUCAGGUGGUAACAGACGUUCCGCGAGACAACAAGGCAGCGAUAAUGGACAGCAUAGCCUCCUCUUACGCGCUACAAAGGCCAAGACUUCCGCCAACGCCAUCGCCGAAGGUUCAGAAAUUCGACAGCAAGACAGGCUGGCCCUACUAUCAAAAGUACAAACAGACAGCGGAAGCGCAGAAGGCACAGAUCUUCGAGGAUAUACAGAGGAAGAUGGCGAACGCGACAAGUGGAAAUAGUCUUGGUCAUUCGUGGAAUUCCACGGAUAUCACGACUCAACGUCAGCACAGGCUCAGAAUGAAACAUCACAGAUUAACGUCGAAAGGGAAACGAUUGAGAACGCGUCCACCGAGAGACUGCAAAGUUGGCGAAUGGGGUCCUUGGAGCGCGUGCAGUCGCAGCUGCGGGGUAGGUGAGACCCAGAGGACGCGGAAGAUCACGAUAAAACCGCGUCGCGGUGGAUUGUCGUGUCCGCCGUUGAAAGAAACGAAAUGGUGCGGCAGCAUAAACCCUUGCUCAGACGGGAAAUCCAUCGUGGACAGCUUACAAUGGUAGUCGUUGACUCUAUCGAAGGCUAUCCCGGAAAACGAGAGCCAAUUGACUCGAGAACACGAUUCACCCUGAACAAUCUAAAACGGAGGAGACAGAGAGGACCGAUGGUCCUUGCGGAGGAAGGAGAUAUCUCUAGGCGAACGCGGUUUGGAUCGUCAUUAGUGGUCCCGUUAGAUCGCGUCAAUAACGUUAUCGGUAGUCGUAGCACCAAAGAUUUCGCACG